AUGGAUGAGAUCUGGGAGAAAGCCGUGGAAACGGCAUUGGUAGGCGAAGCGGAGCCUCUGGCUGCUCGGGUUCUUACUCUGGACGGUGCAGUGAAGUGCGUCCAGGGCCAUCUUCCGCGUCGGGAGCUUCUGGAGAGGUUUCAGAAUCUGGAGCACUUAUCUAUAGCCAGUAUCGGCGUCUCUUCGCUUGAUCAAUUCCCGCGGCUCGGAAAACUCCAGAAGCUCGUCCUCUCUGACAAUAGAAUCGCUGGUGGCCUUGAGUUUCUAGUCGAAGCGGGUCUGGGUUCGCUCCGUGACCUUGAUUUAUCUAAUAAUCGGAUACACUUGAUUGAGGAUUUGGUGCCUCUAGCUCAGUUGAAACUUGUGUCGCUUGAUCUGUAUGAAUGUCCUGUGACGCGGAUGAAGGAUUAUCGAUCUAGGGUUUUCGGGGACGUUAAUGGAGAGCUUGAUGGCGAUGAGGGAGUGGUAGAUGCGAAUCGGAUGAAUGAUGUUGCUGCCAAUAGUUCUCAAGAUGUCCUUCUGAAUGUGGACGAUGAAGAAAACGAUGACAGUGAUGAGGAAGAUGAAAAUGAAGACGAUGGUUUUCUUGUUGCUGAUACUGAGGAUAAUGCGCAACAUAGAAAUGAGUUGCUGAGGAACAUCAUUAUUGGAGAGAUUGAUGGGCAUGAGCUGGACGAGGAUGAUAACGAGAGCGGGGAAGAAGACGAAGAAGAAGAUGGUGUAGAGGAGAUUGAAGAGUAUGGAGCAGCUCAACCUGUGGCAGAAGCAAUCAAAGUAGAUGAUGAUGUUGAAGGGGAAGAAGACUAUGAGGACGACGAUGUUCAAGUGGUAUAUUCAGUUGCGUCUUCGAACCUUAAGAGGAAGAGAGAUGAAGAUGAUGAUGGAAACUCUGGUUCCAGUUCUUCAGACGACAAUGAUGAUGAUGGUUCGAGUGAAGAUGAUAAUGAGUAG